GCUCAGCAAGUCUUGCGGCAAAGACACUCGCGCCGAGUUGCGGUCGGGACGCAGAGGACUCCGGGCUGGGAGCACGGUCCGCCCCUCGGCCGUCGCCUGCAGCCCGCCGCCCCUCACUUCGGGGGCCUGGGUCUCUCCUGGCUGGCUGCCCCGCGUCCCUCUGCAGCCAUGAGGAGCAUCUUCAAGAGGAACCAGGAGCCUGCGGUGGCUCCCGCCACCACCGCCACGCCUGUCGGGCCCGCAGACAACAGCACGGAGAGUGGGGGUACUGGGAAGACCAAGGACAUGUUUGCCAAGAUGGGGGAGCAGUUCUUCAAUGACAUGAAGCUGAUCCCCUUGCCGCCCUGGGCUCUCAUCGCCGUCGUGGUGGUCGUCGGCCUCCUGCUCCUCACCUGCUGCUUCUGCAUCUGCAAGAAGUGCUGCUGCAAGAAGAGGAAGAACAAGAAGGAGAAGGGCAAGGGCGCCAAGAGCGCUAUGAGCAUGAGGGACAUGCGAGGGGGCCAGGACGAUGACGACGCCGAGACGGGCCUGACGGAGGGGGAGGGCGAGGGGGAGGAGGAGAAGGAGCCGGAGAACCUGGGGAAGCUGCAGUUCUCCCUGGACUAUGACUUCCAGGCCAACCAGCUCACAGUCGGCGUCCUGCAGGCCGCGGAACUGCCUGCCCUGGACAUGGGGGGCACCUCAGACCCUUACGUCAAAGUCUUCCUCCUUCCAGACAAGAAGAAGAAAUAUGAGACCAAAGUCCAUCGGAAGACACUGAACCCUGCCUUCAACGAGACCUUCACCUUCAAGGUGCCGUACCAGGAGCUGGGGGGCAAGACCCUGGUGAUGGCCAUCUACGACUUUGACCGCUUCUCCAAACACGACAUCAUCGGGGAGGUGAAGGUGCCCAUGAACACCGUGGACCUCGGGCAGCCCAUCGAGGAGUGGCGGGACCUGCAGGGCGGCGAGAAGGAAGAGCCAGAGAAGCUGGGUGACAUCUGCACCUCCCUGCGCUACGUGCCCACGGCUGGGAAGCUCACUGUCUGCAUCCUGGAGGCCAAGAACCUGAAGAAGAUGGACGUGGGCGGCCUCUCAGACCCCUACGUGAAGAUCCACCUCAUGCAGAAUGGCAAGAGGCUCAAGAAGAAGAAGACGACGGUGAAGAAGAAGACCCUGAACCCCUACUUCAACGAGUCCUUCAGCUUCGAGAUCCCCUUCGAGCAGAUCCAGAAAGUCCAGGUCGUGGUCACCGUGCUGGACUAUGACAAGCUGGGCAAGAACGAGGCCAUCGGCAAGAUCUUUGUGGGCAGCAGCGCCACGGGCACGGAGCUGCGGCACUGGUCCGACAUGCUGGCCAACCCCCGCCGGCCCAUCGCGCAGUGGCACUCGCUCAAGCCCGAGGAGGAGGUGGACGCGCUUCUGGGCAAGAACAAGUAGGGCGGCGGCCGGCGCGAGGGGGGCGCUGCGCGGCUCGGCCCGGCUGUGCGGCCCAGAGGCUCCUCCUCCACUGUCCAGUUGUGCCCCUGCCCCUGUCCUCCCUCCUCUGAAAGACCACCCUCCCUCCGGUGGCUGUGAGGAGCGGCCCCGCAGAGGCGGAGGAGAACCUGGCUCUCGUCGCCCCCCGGGCCUGUCCUUGCUGCAUGCCCGCACGCCCUCACCCCACAGCUCCACCCGGGCCUCGGCCUGCGAGGCUCCUCCUGUUUCCCGAGCGCCUGGACCAGCAAGAUGGCAGCACCUGCCGUUUCCUGGCAGAAGGCAGCGCCGUGGCCGACAACUCGUGUGGGCGGCUCUCCUGGAGGGGCCUGGGCUGGUGAGGCGUGCGGGACCGCAACCAAGAGUGUCCACUGUGCAAGAGGGCGGCCCUCCUGCGAGAGGCCCCGCAGCCCCCAGGCAGCUGCGUGGGAGGCCAGGUUUUCCAGAGCUCGGCCGAACCCUGAUGCCAGCCGGGCCUCCCCUCCCCCACUGCCAGGGGCUUUCUGGACAAGAGGACUGAUCCCUUGGCUGGACUGGCCUGUCAGUCCCGGGACGACAGUUCACGUCAAACCAUGAAGAAGCAGAAGCCCCAUUUCCCCGAAAGAGCGAAUGAAGCCGUGGGAGACGGAGGCUGGCACUCACCCCCCACUCACGCCUGCGCUUUUCCCUUUUCCUCUGAGUGGAGCAGUGCUGUCUGAAGGCCCACUACUGUUCAGAGCCAGAGCACCUUGAAGGGAAGGUUUCAAUUCCUUAGUUCCCCCGAGGUCCAGGUAAGAAGGGGAGGACAGGGGCGGAUGGAACACAGAGCCCCCCUUCCCCCCUCGCACCUACGGGAGGGGGCUGCGGGGGGGCUGCCAUUCCUUAGGGGGUUUCUCUGUGAGUCCCAAGGAGCCGGCGUCCUUUCCAGAUGGUGGUGGAGGACGCCGCACAGUCACUUGUGUGCCCUCCUCUUUGGUCCCCAGCGUUGAUAAAAGCCAUAUAUAUGUUAGUCAAGUUUGCACUGAGUCUCCUUCCAAACUUCCGCCUGGGUGAGAGCGUCGGCCCCCACUUGGCCACCCUGGCCUCCCUUCGGCCCCAGGCCCUCGCCGUCCCUGCACCACAGAACACCCGUGGCUUUCCCAGAGCUCGGAGGGUUUCCCCUUUCCCGGAGAAAACGGCAGCACGGCCUGUCCUGCCCCGUCCUGGCCACCUCGGGGUCCCGUGGCUCCUGAGACGGGGCCAGCAGGAGGAAGGUGCCGUGUCUUGGAAGGAAGGGAGAAGGGCCUGUGUCUCCGCUUGGCCACGUUCCGUGGUUGGAGUUGCUGGUGAGGAAACCCCUCCACCAGGAACAGACUGGGAAGCAGGGCCCCGCCUGGCCCGUCUCAGUACCCCAGCUCCUUCCUGCCCGCGGCCCUCGGCUUUCACUGGACUGUGUGUGUUUACUAGGACGCGGACAAUGCCUGUGAGCUCUGGUCCUUGGGGCCAGAGUCGGACAAAAGGGAGCCCUUAGGACCUGCGUGACCACAGAGCAGAGUGUCCCGGCCUGGACACCAGGGGUCACUGGACUCUCCUUCCCUCCCCAGAGCUGUGGGACUUGGUGCUUUCUCAGGGUCUCCCCCGCCGUAUCCCACAGACCGUGUCUGCGGCAGCCCCCAUCACUCUCACCUGACCCUCUCCACGCACCUUCUACUGCCCCGGGGUCUUUUCUGCCAGGCACCUCCUCCGCCCUCCCCGCCCGAGAAUUGCCUCCCUCCUGACGGGAAGGAGUGAACAGGAGCUCCUUACGGGUGGGGGGCCGUGUCUGGAGACGGACAGGGCUGUGGCUUGCCCUGGGCCCCUCUGGUGAGCAGCCUGAGGGGUGGGGACAGGUUGCUGAGAGGCUGAGUGGGCAUCGGGGUGUCCUUCCUGGGGUCUGGCUGGUCCUGGGUGAGCACUUGGCCUGGACGAGCUGUCCCAGCACAAGGGUUUGUGAGUUUUCUGCAUUUGAGGGUGGUCACUCAAGCCCCAGGGCAUCUUCCUUGCCAUCAGGCGUGCUGCUGGGGGCCACAUGCUGGGGCGCAGGCCCCGAGUGGGACGGAAAGACUAAGCUUCUGGUGGGGGGGUUCUGGAGCCCCCCCACCCCGGCUGCCAGUUUUCAGUCCUAAGUCUUUUCCAGAGAAAGGAGAACAGCGGAGGUGAUUUUUCACAAAGGGACUGAGACCCAUCCCACCCAGAAUCUGGAGGUGAGGCCAGAAAGCUCUGUUUUCUGCUUUCUCCUUGAAUAAUCGUUCCAGAAUGGGAGCUAAUUGCCAGGGCCAUGGGCAGGUUUUCGGAUGCUGGCCGCAGAGCUGAGGUCUGGGGGAAGAAGCCUUGGGCAGCCCCAGAUGUGUGGCCAGGUGCUGGGUGUGGUCGAGGAAUGCCCCCGAGGUCCCUCAGCUGGUGGAGGGGACAGCAGGGCUGAAACAGCCUCCUCAGUCCUGAUCUUUCUUCUUCCCAGGAAACCAUAUGCAACUUGUGCUUCUGCAGAAUCAGUCUGGGACAAUUUUGCUGGUCCAGGGCUUCAGCGGGAGAGGGGGGGACCCCAUAGGUAGACCCAGCACCCUAUAAACCUGCUCUGCAGUGGGGGUGCUGGGUGAGCAGACAGCUGGUCGGGGAGGCAGAGGGUCCCUGUCUUUUCAGUGUCUGGGGUUAAUCCUCAGUCUCCUCAAAUUAACCUCACAGGGGGUCCCUGGCGCCCCACCCCCCAAAAAGGCAGGAAGAGGCAGAGCCAGGAACUGCCCUCCUCCCCCACAGCGGACCCUCCUCCCACCCGCUUCCUGCCUCAGGCUGGUGGAGGCCCUGGGUGCUGGCAGAUGGACGAGUCCCCAGGCUGGGUCGUGGUGGCACACAGCCCCAUGACACGGCUGCCAGCUGUGGCAAUGACAAUACAGGGCACCAAGUUAAGUUUGGGUUUCGGGUAAACAAAGAAUGCUGAAGUGUCAGUCAGUCCCAGACGACACGCGGGACACGCUGCCCCUCCCGAAACUCAGACCUGGCUGGGCCCCCGCUGCCUGGCAGCCCUGGCCCCCAGCCCCGGGGCAGGGACUGGGCGCCAGAUCUUACGUCACCCAUUUCUCGAGCUGCAAUAUUGGGAAGGGGACACUGUGACUUGAAGACACAAGAGUGUAUUUUUUAAGCGACGACAAAACAAGAACCUUCUGAAGCCGUCUGAGCCUCGUCUGCCCCACGUGUUCAGUUACAUACGAAGAACACGUGUACACGUGCACCCUGAUCCUGGCAGUCAAGAUGCAUGUCUCCGAGUCUGCGCAGCCGCAUGGCCGUGCUGAGAGCUCUGCCCCCCCCCACCCCCGGGCACAGCCGAGGCAGCUCCUUCAAGUUCACACCAUGUGACGUCCACCCCGCCCCCCGCUUCAUCCAACAGACCUGGUCAGAGGCUCGGGGGCCACGGGCUCCCCGCCGGCCGGCCCCCCAGCCGCAGAGCUGUCCGUCCGCAGAGCUGGCCCUUGCAGCCCCACAGCCAGCCUGGUGUCCGGGUUCCCGUCGCUCCUGUCUGUGUGUGUGGCGGCCCCUUCUGCCCACUGUUCGAAUUAACUGAAAAGCCAUAAAGGGGCCUCCUGCUGGAGACUUCCUCCGGGAGCCCCCGUGUCCCUCUGACUGGCUCCCCACAGGUCACUUGCGAAGGGCUCGCCGUCGUCACCCCUGCCUUCAGCCCCGUGUUGUGUCACGAGGACGGAUGGUGCCCAGGGCUUCUGGUGGGGCUCCAUGGACGUCCCGGCAGCCCCGCGCCCUCACCUGGAUUUGAUGGUCCAAAUCCAUCUCCACUGGGUGGACAGGCAGUGGCAGGGGCUCCACAGUUGGGCCCCAUGGAGGCGACCAGGAUUCUCAGAAGCUGUCAGCGGCUUGGUCUGUGGUCAGGCCCCCAGGACCACCUGGGUUGACAGACUCAGCCGUGCUUACUUAACCCAGUGGGGUUGGGGGCCAUGGACGGCAGUGGGUAGGACCUCGGGGGGAACACAGUGGGCUAAGCUCCCCUACGAGCUCCCUCCUGCCGUCGGGCAGGGAGACCCCUGGAGGGGGCCUCCUCUGAGGGUGGUAGGCCGAUCUGGCUUCAAGGGACACUCAGGAGAGACUCCUGCAGACCCUCCGCUAGCUCCCCAGGCCAGCACCAGCCAGCUGACCCCUGAGGAAGGAAGGGAGGUGGGGGGACUGAGGGCUGAACCGAGGGACGUGUGCACCCGGCCUGCAGCCCCGGGCCGGGCACCUGAUGGGACGAGGGAGGGGAGGGGGAGUGCUGGGAGGUGGGCGCCAUGCUUUACACACCAGGACCCUCGUGCUGGGGUGUGGAGGGCGAUGCCUUCUCAGCCCUGGGACCCUCCCCUCCCCACACCUCCAGGGGAGACAGACAUGGAGGAGGCAGCUGAGGGCCUGCCUGGCCAGCGAGGUGGCUGUGCUGGGCGAGAGCCCUCCUCAGCUGCUGGGACCCCAGGACCCUUGUCUAAGGAGCUCAGCGUCCUGCCCUGACUCCUCCAAGGUUUUGAUUUGCUGCUUCCGAAAUCCUGGGAUCUGAAAACCUCCAGACCGCGGCGGGCAGGCCCCAGGCCACCUGGGACCGCACGGCCCCACCAGGACCCUGCUUUUGUUGUCACUGGAAAGACGUGUGUGUAGCCCACCCUCUGGCCCCCGCUUGGCAAUGCCCCCACCCCCUCUUACGUGGACCCUUGUUCUUGUCUGAUCUCUUGUCAAAUUGUCAUUUUGUAACGAGCUGCAUCUCCUUAUUAAAGAAAUGAGCUGAAAGGAAUGUGGGGUGGGGGUGCCUCUGGUUGUUCCUGCUGGGCUCAGGGAGAUGGACCAGCUCUCCCCAGGUGGGUGGGAGGCACACGGGACCCUCACAGCCACUUUCUGGAGGAAGGUCUUCGGGGAGGCUGGGGAUUUCCUUCCAGCAGAGCUGGGCUUGGGGCCAGCCACCGUCUAAGUCCGAAGAACUCAGGUGGCUGGCCCUGGGGAACGGGCGUUUGAACAGUGAGAAUUCCUGCAAAGUCCUCCAUCGCAAAGACCUCUGAGGCAAAGGUGUUGGGGCCAAGGAUAGGU